GCCCGCAGGCCCAGGCUGCAGUGAGCGGAGCGUCUGGAGGAGCGCUGGCCGGCUGGGGAGGCGGAGGACGGGGAGAGAAGAGGAAGGAGGCUCCGGGAGUGCAGAGACACAUAAAGGGUCUGGCCUGGGACUUGGCAAAAACGGGUAGACGUGUGGACAGAAAGAGGGAUCAUCUAUCGUUUUUAUUUUAGCGACUCUAACAUUUUCACCGUACCCAUUGACUUUGACCAUAAGAGUGAGCGACAAGAACCAGAGCAUCAGCAACCCACCACCACCAUGCCGUCCACCUCCAGCUCGUCUGCCCUGCUCAAAGGCCCCGGCAGCUGUGGUGGUCCCCAGGGGAGCCGACCGAUUGAGAACACAGCCCAGGACCGGGACCCAGUAGUGGCAGAGAAGCCCGACAAAGGCACCGCCUCUUCUUGUAAAGUUGGGAGCAAACCCGGGAGGAAACGCAAGAAUUUCUCACUCCAGAGUUGUGAAUCCCUCCGGGAGGGGGCGGCGCCCGGGGAGAGGGGUGGCGCCGGGGGCCCGGAGAAGCAGCCCGUGAUGGCUCAGAUCCACAACGGGGAUGCGGGCCGGCAUCGACAUGUCACGCCCAGCAGCCCGGCCUGCGUCCCCAAACAGGAGGAGGAGGAGGAGGAGGAGGAGGAGGAGGAGGAGGAGGAAGACCAGGAUGAGGAGGAUGAUGAGGAGGAGAGUGACACUGAGAACAGUAUCCGGAGAGAGGAGUCAGCCGGGCGCCCGGGCCGGGGUCCGAAACCCCGGGCCGGGGGGGCGGCCUCUGAGAAGGAGAAGGAGGACGGUCUGUCCACGCCACACAAGAAAAGCGGGAGGCGGAAACUGGCCCGCCCCACCAAAUAUGUGGAGCACAAGGAGGAGAACGGAGGUGACCGACCGAGGGCCGAGGGAGGUGGAGGGAGGCAGCGUGGGGGUGUGUGUUGGGAGGUCGGCCUGCGUCAGAGGCCCCGCCCCCGGGUGACCUUCCAGGCAGGGGACCCCUGUUACAUUAGCAGGAGGACCCGCGAGGAGUGGCUGGCCAAGUGGAAGACGGAGGCUGAGAGGAAGGCCAAACUGGUGUCGGCCAUGAACGCCACCGGUGACCGCGGCGAGACGGAGAGAGAACCCCCACGCCCGGCGGUCACGAAGCGCCCGGCGCCCUGCAAACAGCUGGCCCCACUGCCCCCGCAGGCCCCGCCCCCAUCGAAGACUCAGCAUCACCCGCCACCGCCGCCGCCGCCUCCUCCGGCGGCUGCCUCACCACCACAACAAAAACAUCAACAACAACCACAACAAGAGACGCAGCAGCCCACAGACCCCGCCUCCCCCACCGUGGCCACCACCCCUGAGCCGGUGAGCCUGGGCGGCGAAGCCAAGACCGCCCUCUCCAAGACUGCGGACGCUGAGCCAGAGUAUGAGGACGGCCGGGGCUUUGGCAUCGGGGAGCUGGUGUGGGGCAAGCUGCGGGGGUUCUCGUGGUGGCCCGGGCGCAUCGUGUCCUGGUACAUGACGGGCCGCAGCCGCGCCGCCGACGGCACCCGCUGGGUCAUGUGGUUCGGAGACGGGAAGUUCUCUGUGGUUUGUGUGGAGAAACUAAUGCCCCUAAGCUCCUUCUGCAAUGCGUUCCACCAGCCCACCUACAACAAGCAGCCCAUGUACAAGAAGGCCAUCUUUGAAGUGCUGCAGGUGGCCGGCACCCGCGCGGGGAAGGCCUUCAAGGCGUGCCCCAGCACCGACGAGACGGAGACGUCCAAGUCGGUGGACCUGCAGAACAAACAGAUGGUGGAGUGGGCCAUGACGGGCUUCCUCCCCAGCGGGCCCAAGGGCCUGGAGCCCCCCGAAGAGGAGCGGAGCCCUUAUAAGGAGGUGUACCCCGACGUGUGGGCGGAGCCAGAGGCUGCAGCGUAUACGCCCCCUCCGGCCAAAAGGCCUCGCAAGGGCACAGCAGAGAAGCCCAAGAUCAAGGAGAUCAUGGAUGAACGGACCAGAGAGCGCCUUAUUUCCGAAGUGAGAGAGAAGACUCGCAGCAUCGAGGAGAUCUGCAUCUCCUGUGGAAGUCUCAACAUUUCCAUCCAGCAUCCUCUGUUCGCUGGGGGAAUGUGCCAGGGUUGUAAGAACUGUUUCCUGGAGUGUGCGUACCAGUAUGACGACGAUGGCUACCAGUCCUACUGCACCAUCUGCUGUGGCGGCCGGGAGGUCCUCAUGUGUGGAAACAACAACUGCUGCCGGUGUUUCUGUGUGGAGUGUGUGGACCUGCUGGUGGGCCCCGGGGCCGCCGCCGCUGCCAUCCAGGAGGACCCGUGGAGCUGCUACACCUGCAGCCAGACCAGCGACCUGGGCCUGCUGCAGCGCCGCGCCGACUGGCCCUGCCGCCUGCAGCACUUCUUCGCCAACAACCACGACCAGGACUUUGAGCCUCCAAAGCUGUACGCCCCGGUCAUGGUGGAGAAGAGACAGCCCAUACGCGUUCUCUCCCUGUUCGACGGCAUCGCAACGGGCCUGCUGGUGCUCAGAGAGCUGGGCAUCGAGGUGGAGCGCUACGUGGCGUCGGAGGUGUGCGAGGACUCCAUCACGGUGGGCAUCGUGCGGCACCAGGGGCGCAUCAUGUACGUGGGCGACGUCCGGAACGUCACGCGCAGACACAUCCUGGAGUGGGGCCCCUUCGACCUGGUCAUCGGUGGGAGUCCCUGCAACGAUCUCUCCAUCGUCAACCCUGCUAGGAAAGGCCUCUUUGAGGGCACCGGCCGCCUGUUCUUUGAGUUCUAUCGGCUGCUCCACGAGGCCCGGCCAAAGGAAGGGGACAAUCGACCUUUCUUCUGGCUGUUUGAGAACGUGGUUGCCAUGGGCGUCAGCGACAAGAGGGACAUUUCCCGCUUUCUGGAGUGCAACCCGGUGAUGAUCGACGCCAAGGACGUGUCGGCGGCCCACCGCGCCCGCUACUUCUGGGGCAACCUGCCUGGCAUGAACAGGCCUCUGUCAGCCAUGUGCAAUGACAAGCUGGAGCUGCAGGACUGCUUGGAACAUGGUCGGACAGCCAAGUUUGGCAAAGUGAGGACCAUCACCACCAGGUCCAACUCCAUCAAGCAGGGCAAGGACCAGCACUUCCCCGUGUACAUGAACGAGAAGGAGGACAUCCUGUGGUGCACGGAGAUGGAAAGGAUCUUCGGUUUCCCAGUGCACUACACCGACGUGUCCAACAUGAGUCGCCUGGCCAGGCAGAGGCUUCUGGGUAGGUCGUGGAGCGUGCCCGUGAUACGCCACCUCUUCGCCCCGCUCAAAGAUUACUUUGCCUGCGUCUGAGGGAACCCGUUCUCAGGAGUUCCAUAUCUGCUCUGAACCGGCUAGGACACACAACUCAACUGUAUUUUACGUCUAGAAACAUGAGCCUCGAUAUUUACGUCGGAAUAUACGCUCGUAUCGCUCAGACACAGCGAAGCGCCGGUGUAGAAAACGAAAUGUUUUACACGUGUUUGUUAUUUUGGUUUUGUUGCGUUUUAUUGGAAAAAAUAAGUAAUUGUUAUUCUUAUUUAAUUUCUCAGUGUCCUUUUACCUUUUUUCUAGCAGUGUUAUCCGGUAUUUGUUUUGUUUUUGUUUUUGGUUGAAAUUUGAUUUAUUUGUGCAAGCUAUACUUACAAGACUAUGCUUUAUUCUCGAGACACUCUGCGAAUCAAUCCAAGAGCUAUCUAGGGGAUUUAUUUUUACGAAAAGAGAGAGACUCUUCGUGAGAUGGAAGACUGAUGACCAGGAGCUCCCCUCCCCCCCCCCCCCCGCCCCCGUUCUCGGGGACGUCUUCUAGCCUGGGUACGGGCUCGACCCCCCAGGAACGUAGCCUAGCUGCCCUGGAUGCCGGCCUCCACAUGGGGGAGGGGUGGUGGGGAAGGGUCCCGGGGUCCUCCUGGGGGUCUCUUGAGAAUGUGGAAAAACACCAGUUGACAAUAUACCUCUUUGUUUUUACGGUUUAUAUACACACACACACACAGACGAAGGUAAUUUAAGGUACUACUGUAAAAAAAUGGUAACCGAUACCAUGGUGCUUCAAACUAAUGACAAGACAUCAUGGCUCAUGUGGCAGUACGGUUCAAAGCAACAAACACACAGAACAAUAACUUUGAUGACUUUAGUAAUGUACUGUUAGCAUACUGUUAGCAGCUAACAGGCUAACUCCUCAGCGCUAACAGCUCCUCGGUGCUCUAUGGUGACCUCUCACCGGUGCUCAAACCAUUCAAGCUCUGCUGACCUCUGACCCUUGCAGGCCCCACUGCCUGUGUCUCUUGUCUGCACAAAACAGGGAGUGAAGCUACACUGCCACAUGGGAAAUGAUGUUUUACUACUGUUAAAAUAACCUUAAGAGCAACGUCUGCGGUGAACUACUUUUUUUCUAGUCUCAUCCUGGCAUUAUUACUGUACAACUGUGGGUCGGAGGGGAGAGGCGAGGCCAGGGUCAACCAGACCCCCCUCUUCUUCGUCCACCUUCCUCUUCAAACUGAAAAAAAAAUAGUCAGGUGCAUAUCCUCAAUUUUAUGGUGCCGCUUUGCAGUUCUUCUACCUUUUUUAUAGCAAUUUUGUGCUGUUUUACCAACAUUAUAAGGCACUUUUAUAUGUAUACUUUUUUUCUCUGAUAUUUUACACACACACACACACACACACAAACUAUUGGUUGUUGUGAAUUGUUUUUUGGUAGAAUGUGAACUGAUAUAUCCUCAUGUAACGCUUUUAUUCUUUUGUAUAUGGUAGGGCUGUGCCAAUACAAGUGAACGAAUGGACAUAUGUGAAACCCAUGUAUUGGACUAAAUAUAUAGUAGACACAGAUUCAAAAUGGUUAACAUUCACCCCUUUACCAAGACAUCCCUAGUCGGCCAUAUUGUAUUCUGUUCUGUACCAGUGACAUACUAUGUUUCUUCUUCAGAUUUGAAGGACGUCUUUAUUUCUAUCAUGAUUGUUGAAUUUACAGACAGAGUAUGUAUUUUGUAUGAUAUUAGUCCCUUAUGAAAGACACACACACUUCUGCCCUGCUAUACUGAUUACGGUCCCAAACAUUAGUAUGCACAUGACCUACUGAUUUGGAUUACCGUUUUUAAGUCUAAAUUCUCUUGAUUGUACCCCCAAAGCUAAAAAUGGAGGAUUUAGGAGGGAAGUUUGUCAGAACUUUAAACUGGCACAGUAGUUGACAAAUGUCAAGAAAUCAAAGAACAGACGUAGUCAUGGAAAUAACUCGGUUAUUGCUUGUUUAUGUCAUAUUUAAAAAAAAUCUAAAUCUAAUUUUUAUAAAAUGUAGUUUCAUAAUGUAAUUAAGUUCUUAAGUGACCUUAUUACCAUUCUUUUACCCCAUACACACACAUUAUUAUGAAGCCUUGUGCGCUUUGUUAUUUUAAAUCGAUGUUUCUCCCCCGACCUAUAUAACUCGGAUCCAUCAAGUUUGUACAGAUUGUACAUAGUUUUCCUGUUGCUGUUUGAAUUUUUUUGUUAUUACAUAUGAGAUGUACAAAUAAAUUGUCUUCUAAUAUAUAUUAUCAAAUUACACAAAAUCCUAGAUAAAAAUUUAAAAUCAAUGACCAAUUUGAUUCAAAACAUGCUUUGAGCACUAGAUAUUAGAGAGACUCCAAGUCUACAGGUUAGUUCCAUUGAGUGUGUGCCCUUGUGCAAGUGUGUGUGUGUGUGUGUGUGUGUGUGUGUGUGUGUGUGUGUGUGUGUGUGUGUGUGUGUGUGUCUGUGUGUGUGUGUGUGUGUGUGUCUGUGUGUGUGUGUGUGUGUGUGUGUGUGUGUGUGUGUUUGGAUGCGUGUGUUGAGAGAAUCCAGACAAAUAAAAAAUCUGUUGAUCCUAUUUUGACUUAAGUACAGCUUUAUGGCCAACGGUUAACUUCACUGCACAGCCCUACACGGUUUAUUUUCUUCAUAUGGAAAACAAACAAACACCAAACGAUUAUAGGGACUGUAUGUGCUUUCUUAUGGUGCUAAACAUUUUAUCUACUCAAGAAAAAGGUAUAUUUGAACGGUUAGAUGAAUAAACUUGUCAUGACAUUGACAGUUUUAAGUUCCUUGUAGUAAUGGAAUAAAGCCCUGUAUCUCCCCCCUCCAACAUAUAAAUCUAUAUCUAUAUAUUAACAAAGACAUUUUAACUUUGUACUUGAAAAAAACAACGAGUGACAACGGAAAGGUUUGCGAUACUGUUUUAGAUUAGGGAUUGCUGUAGUUGGUGCGUAUCUGUGGGAACAUCAUGUACUGGGUAACAAGACAAAAAAAAAUCCAUAAUAACUUACUGUAACAUAAUGUAUUCUUAAAACGCAUCGCUUUUAAACUUACAUUCCAUGCCGUAAUAUCUUCCAUUACUGUUUUUUUUAUAUAUUUAUAAUUGAUUCUUAUUAGUUUUUUCAGUUGUUGUUAUGUUCCUAAUCAACCACAUUACUUUACACUGUUGAAGGCAGAUUCAUUCAAUAUUCAGUGAUAGGCCGACUGUUGACACCUGCUACGACUUAUGUUCUGUGUCAUGUUUUUGUUUAUUUCAUUUUUGGCUUAUUUUAUUUUAAUCUGGGCCGAUUAUGCUUUCCUCAAGACCAGUUGGUACAGCAGAUGUAGCAGUCUCUCUCCCACCUCUACCCCAUACCUGUAUUGUGUCCAGAGAGAACGUAGACGCUCCUUAAUGUACUUGUGCUGGAAAACACUUGAAUAAAUGUAUUGGUUUCUUUUUUUGGUGCAACAA